UGGGCGCUGACCACUGGAUACGACGGAAGAAGAACAAGAGGAAGACUUCAAGCAAGCAAACAAAACCAUGGACGCUGCUGCUGUUGUUGAAGCUGCUGGUGCGCACAAGCGCCCUGAGGAUGCCAAGCACGUUGGUUAUGGCACUGCCGGGUUCCGCACCAAGGCAGACAUCCUGGACCACGUGCUGAUGCGCGUUGGCGUCUUGGCGGCGCUUCGGUCCCGCUGCAAGGGCGGAGCUGCCAUCGGCCUGAUGGUCACGGCAUCCCACAACCCGGAGCCAGACAACGGCGCCAAGCUGGUGGAUCCCAUGGGUGAGAUGCUGGAGGCGAGCUGGGAGGCAUACGCGACCCGCCUCGCAAACUGCAAGGACGACGAGCUUGUCGGCGAGAUCAACACCAUCAUCUCGGAGUGCGGCAUUGACAUGCAGACCAAGGCCAAGGUUGUUCUCGGUCGCGACACGCGCGGCAGCGGCCUCAAGCUCUGCCAGGCCGCCCGUGACGGCUGCACCGCACUCGGUGCUGAGGUGGUGGAUCUGGGCAUCGUCACCACGCCACAAGUCCACUACGUCGUGCGGUGCCUGAACGACGCCACAUACGGCACGCCCACGGUUGCCGGGUAUCAGGAGAAGCUCGCAGCAGCAUUCAAGGCAAUCUGGACCCUCGCAGGCCGCACCGACCUAAUCAGCCUCAAGCUUGACUGCGCCAACGGCGUUGGUGCUGUGCAGAUGAAGGAGCUUCUGAAGCACCUCGACUCCAUGCUCAAGGUUGAGAUGUACAACGACGGCAGCGGGCAGCUCAACCACGAGUGCGGUGCGGACUACGUGAAGGUGCAGCAGCAUGCACCGGCCAAUAUGACGGCUGGCGCGGGCGACCGCUGCGUCACGUUUGAUGGCGAUGCCGACCGCGUGCUCUAUUUCUUCACCAGGGAUGGCACAUUCUUCAUGCUGGACGGCGACCGCAUCUCGUCGCUCGCUGCGCAGUUCAUCCAGCAGUGCGCAACCGCCGCCGCCCUCGACCUCAACAUCGGCGUCGUCCAGACUGCGUAUGCGAAUGGCAACUCGACCAAGUUCCUGCAGACAAAGGCCGGUGUCCCCGUCGCAUGCACAAAGACAGGUGUGAAGCACCUGCACCACAAGGCCCUCGACUACGAUGUCGGCGUCUACUUCGAGGCAAACGGACACGGAACCGUUGUGUUCAGCGAUGCUGCUCUGAAGAAGAUCAACGAGCACGAAAGUGGAAGUGAGGAGGGCAAGCGCGCGAUUGCAAUGCUCCGUGCAAUGACGGAGCUCAUCAACCAGACUGUUGGCGAUGCCAUCUCAGACAUGCUGAUGGUGGAGGCCAUUCUUCUGCUCCAGAACAUGACUGUCGAAGACUGGGCCGCCAUGUACGACGAUCUUCCCAACCGCCAGCUGAAGGUCAAGAUUGCUGACCGCUCCGUUGUCAAGACAACCAACGCAGAGCGGGAGUGCACGGCGCCGGCCGGUCUCCAAUCCGCCAUUGACGAACUCGUCAAGAAGUUCACGAGCGCGCGCAGCUUCGUCCGCCCGUCCGGCACAGAGGAUGUUGUGCGCGUGUACGCCGAGGCAGAGACGCGCGAGCAAGCUGACACGCUGGCCUGGGCUGUUGCUGGCAAGGUGUGGGACCUUGCAGGCGGCAUUGGUGAUCGCCCACAUGCCCCAUAAGCACACACGCACACGCACGCGCACACGCACACGCACACGCACACACACGCGCGCGCACACACGCACAUGCACGCACACUCUUUCCCUUUUGUGUGGUGUCACUGAUGUUACGUUCUCUUCAAGGCACGCACUGCUUGGGCGA